AUGCUUUAUCUUAUGGAAAUAGAUGCUACUGAAGAUAAAGAAGAAAAAGUGGAAGAUGAACCAGAAGAACCCAUUGCUCGACGAACCAGAAGUGCUAAAAAAUCACAAACUACAGUCUAUGCAAAGGACAAGUCUAAUCUUUUGAUAAAAACUUCAUCAUUGAUAACGAUGAUGUCAUUAAUACCAAGACAGGUAUUAGCUAACAAUAGUUGUAAUUGGAUUACUGGAGUACCCUUUAAUAUUCCUGAAAAAUGGAAUUGUGAAGAAAUUCACAAAAAUGCUACAUAUCACAAAGUGGAUGUGUACACACGCACCCCAUGUAAGAAUACCAGCUAUAAAAUGUAG